UGGGCUCAGCUAUUCAUUGUAUACAUCGAUAACUGACUUUAGAAAAAGUAUUUUGGAAAAUCAUGAAAUAAAUUUUAUAUUUAUUAAACUUAAGAAGAUUUUGACGAGCAAUAUGAGCUGUCCAUCCCCGACCCCCACUGGCUGCGAUUGCGGUUCGACAUUACAGUUCAAGAAGACACCACAGGCGCCGCUUUACGAUUUGCUGGGACCCUAUCCAGAUGAGAUCAUCAUGUCAACGCUGGAUCGUAUUUUAUACUAUUCAGGGGCUACUAAGGUCAUCCGAAUGCUGGCCAUGUCUGCAGGCGCCCCAGUAGACAACACUUCCGCCGAAAAAUGCGCCACGACCAGCUGCGGCGCCGUUCCAAGUCCCGUUUGCCCAUCUACCUCGGCCACAACCUGCUGUUCUCGGCCGCCCAGCUGCAGUAGUCAUCGAGAAGUUCCGUUAGCUCCCUGCAAGCCGAAGCCACCCUGCAUCAAUAUGGCAUCCAAAAAGCCAGCUUGCUGUAAUCGCUCCACCUCCUGUUUCCCGCGCCGGCGGUCUCCGCGUGUGGACUUUGCCAAUCCCGUGGAUGACUGCGGGACGCGUAAUAAAGGCGGCGAGUAUCUGCUCGGCGAGCGCACUAAGGAGUCGCUGUCAGCCUGCCCCUUAGCCUAUGAGCGACUGAAGUCGAAACUGUCGUCAGGGGCCAGCCUUGCGCCGUCCAAAACCCAAAAGUGGCUGUGGACGAGACUAGUCAGCGCAAGGGAUGGCUACAUGGUGUACGAGGUAUACAAGGAUUCUAAUGCCGACCAGGACCCCAGAUCCCAGAUCGCCGACAAAGGAUCACCCGUAAUAAUAUUCCUGGUCUUGCCAAACGGGUUUAUUAUGCCGUUUGAGUCCAUCUUCACGGAUUAGUGGAGCUUCGUGUCCUUUCUAUGCUUAAGCCUUUUGCAAAACAAUUGGAAAAAUAAUUUUUAUUAACAGAUCUGGGGGCCCAUCUUCUAAGCUAUCCUAAUACGCUUCUUAAGCAUAAUAAAGACCAUCAUAGAACAGAUCAGCAUGUAGGCGAGC